AUGUGCUGUUGUGUGUUUUCAGUGGACCGUCCAGUCAGAGUCUACGCAGAUGGCAUCUUUGACCUGUUCCACUCAGGACACGCUCGUGCUCUCAUGCAGGCGAAGAACCUCUUUCCCAACACCUACCUCAUAGUAGGAGUGUGCAGUGAUGAGCUGACCCAUAAGUACAAGGGUUUCACAGUCAUGACUGAGAUUGAACGUUACGAAGCGCUGAGACACUGUCGCUAUGUUGACGAGAUUUUGCGAGACGCACCCUGGACUCUCACACCGGAGUUCCUAGAGAAACACAAGAUCGAUUUUGUGGCUCAUGAUGAUAUCCCAUACUCCUCAGCAGGAAGCGAGGACGUUUAUAAACACAUCAAGGAGGCAGGUAUGUUUGUGCCUACACAACGGACAGAGGGAAUCUCAACAUCUGACUUAAUUACCAGGAUUGUCCGAGACUAUGAUGUCUACGCCCGACGCAACCUCCAGCGCGGCUACACGGCCAAGGAGCUUAACGUUAGCUACAUCAAUGAGAAGAAGUAUCGGCUACAGAACCAAGUGGACCGAAUGAAGGAGAAGGUUCGCACGGUUGAGGAGAAGAGCAAACAUUUUGUGUACCGCGUGGAGGAGAAGAGCCACGACCUCAUACAAAAGUGGGAAGAGAAAUCCAGAGAGUUUAUCGGCAACUUCUUGGAACUUUUUGGACCCGAUGGGACUUGGAAACAGGUGUUUCAGGAGCGCAGUGGACGAAUGCUGUCCUACGCCCUGUCUCCCCGAGAGUCGCCCUGCAACAGUCCUCCCCGCGAACUGUCCCCGCUGCGUUCUCCCUCACCCCCAUCACCCAGCCCGCUGGCACACCGCACGGCCCUCUCCCCCAGCCUCCCCAAAGGAGCAUCUGCCUUUAUAAGCAGCUUGAGUGAAGGUGACGAAGAUGAGAAGUAGCUGUACUGUUAAACACAUACAUGUAAACACACACUUCACUCACAGUACACUGCCUGAGAACUGCUCACACACACACACACACACACACACACACACACACACACACACACACACGUACUCCUACAAACACCGGCUGGAUACUUAAACAAUUCUCCUCAAGGAAGUUGCUAAUAUACGAGGCAGACGGGGAUCAUGGGAAAUGAAGUUCUGCGCUGCGGAGCAAUGAAGCCAUCACGGUCUCUGUUGUCUGGGCAACAAAGCAGACAGAAGAAAGACAAAGGAAGACGAGGGUGAGGAUUUACGUACACAGUGUCAAAUAAGAAGGUCCAGAAUGCCUUGCAGCAUCUUUCAAGAGGAUUUGCUUUGGAUUGUCCAGGGCUGAUAGAGACUGUCCAACAGCCUGCUCAUAAUAUCAUGUAAUUUUUUUGUCUUACUCUGUUAAGAUUAGCUUAUUUUUUAAGAUGCCAAGAUUUCUUGUAACUAGUGACCACAAGAUGCGAAUAGGCACAAAGUUACAGAUCAUUGUGUGUGACAUUUAGUUUAACAGGUUGUGUGAAUCGACAGGAACCAAAUUAAUUCAUCAGAGAAUUAGGAAACAAAGAAAAGACACUGCACGCCCUAGAUUAGCAGAGGUGAAACACAGUCAGUGCUACUUCAGUGCUACAGUGCAUCAUUUUUGCAUAAAGGAUUGGCAAAGAAUAUAACAUUCAGCAUUGCCCGGUACAGUUAUUACCACUUUACCACAUUCAAACUAAUCCACAGAGCCACAGAAAAUCAUAACCUUGGGGAUAUCACCCUGUAUGUUCCUAAACUUGAUGAUGAUUGGUGCAAAAAAAGCUGCACUGAAAUACAACUGAAUAUGGAAAACAAACGUUUUCAUCACCUCAGCUGU